CAAACGCGGACGAGGGAGCACUGCAACUGCAAGCGCCCCAUAGGCCGCAGCGCUAUCGCGACGUCGCCACCGCCCACCGGCCACCACCACAAGGCACACGGGGACGGGCGCCCGCUCCACUACCACUACCUCCCGUCAGUCAGAUCCCAAUCAAAAGAGGAGCAUCGCAGAGCUGUACGUAUCACGCAGGAGGUAGCGUUCCACUCGCUUCGCGGUGGCCAUGGUCUCGUCUCCUUCCCCUCCCUUGCCCACCGGUGCCUCCGAGCCGAAGCAGCAGCGAGGCGGCACCAAGGCGGCGCCGGAGAAGGCCGACAAGAAGUACGCGCACGUCCCAACACCGCUCCACCACGGUCACGGCGGCGCCAGCAACAAGACAACACCCCGCGGGGCCAAGGACGCCGCCGGACCGGCGGCGUACGUCGCGGCGGUGUCCUUCUCCGACUGCCGCUUCAAGCAGCGCGCCCUCGCGCCGGCGUCGCCCGGCGCCGUCAUCCGCUCGCUGUUCGUCUCCCUCACCCGCCGCUCCACCCCGCGCUCGUCGCCGUCGGCCACGCCGGCCUCGGCAGGCGCCGACGCGGGGGACGGCGAGCAGUGGCGCCUCGCCGCGGCCGACCUCUCCCGCAGGCUCGCCGCGGCCACGCGCACGCGGGACGAGGCGCUGGAGGAGACCACGCGCCUGAAGCACUCCCUCGCCGAGCUGGAGCACAAGCUCGCGCGCCUCGAGGCGCGCGUGCUCCCGACCCCCGCGGCCGCCUUCCCCGUCGACUCCUUCCUCCGCGCCGUCUCGACCGCCCGCGCCGCCGUGCGGAACCUCGCGCGCGCGCUGUCCGCCCACCUCCGCAGCCCCUCCAGCCCCGGCCCGAGCCUCGAGAGCUUCCUCAACCGCGCGUUCCACGCCGACUUCGAGCUGGACACCGACGCCGACGCCCACACCACGGACCCCGCGGGCCGGUGCCAGGCCAACCUCGCGGCGUACCACGCCGUCGCGGUGCUCACGUGGGAGGAGGUCCUCCUCCACGGCACCAAGCACUACAGCGAGGGGCUCAGCCGCUUCUGCGACGCCAAGAUGAGCGAGGUGGUGUCCUCGCUCGGCUGGGCGCGCGCGCGGCCGUGGCCUGAGCCGCUGCUGCAGGCCUUCUUCCUCGCCGCCAAGGGCGUGUGGGGCGUCCGCCUCCUGGCGCGCUCCGUCCACCCGCCGCUCCCCGUUGUGCGCGCCGAGCGAGGCGCGCGCUUCGACCCGCGGUUCAUGGAGGACGCCGCGGCCAGCCGGGCGGGGACGCUGGAACCGGCCAGCGUGAAGAUGAUGAUGGCGCCAGGGUUCCACGUCUACCUGGCCGGCGCGGGCGUGGUGAAAUGCAGGGUCGUCUGCUUCUACACCAGCAGUAACGCCCGCACAGACGGCCACAGAGAUGGCGGGAGCAGCGCCAACGGCAGCGUGGGGUUGGGGAGUAGCUGUAGUGACAUUAAUGGGAGUGCUACAGAUGUGGUUGAUAGCUGUAGAGCAGUGAAGUAGGGUAAAAUGUUGCCCUUGCACAGGUAGAAAGAACACGGGGAUUUUACUUGUUCGCUAAAAAAACAUGAUGAUCUGCGUUUAGGCAUUUACUGCUUCUGCUUGUGUGAAUAUGGGUGAAUUAUUAAUCACGAACAGUUUCUGUUAAUUUUUUAUUAUGUAAAGUUUGAGUACCACUUAACAGUUUCUUUGUUUG